AGCCGUUGGAGCGACUAGUGACGGUCGGACUCCAGUGAGGCUGGGCGAUUAUGGAGACCCGGGAGUUGCCUGUGGAGGUGAUCACUCACAUUCUGAACUUCCUGCCCAUCCCCGACAGGAAAGAGGCCUCUCUGGUGAACCAAAGCUGGUAUUUUGCAGCCCAAGACUCCUUGCGGCAGGAGGACAGCAUCUUCUACAACAUCCCAGUUACUUCCGCCUCACUGGGGACCAUCAAAAGCCUGUCCCGGAGACGGGUCUGCAGCAUCCAAAUAACAAACCUAGAUGGCUCCUCCAUUUCCCGGGAGGUCAUCAGCUAUGUGGCCGAUUACCUGAGUCCCCACCUGCGCCACUUGUGCCUACGGGGGAGCAGCAUCACAGAAGCCUGCUUUGAGGAGCUCCUCUUCGCCUGCCCUAGCUUGACUGCCUUGGAUCUGAGCGGCUGCAACAGCCUCUUCAUGCCAGGGACUCUGCUUUCGAAAGAGCAGGCCUUCCUCCGAGCUCAGAAAGCCCUGGGCAACCUGCAGGACCUUAACCUAUCCAGCGUGCGCUACCUGUCCGACCUCACCUUCAAUCGCUUGACUGGCUGUGCUCACCAGCUGGCCAAGCUGUCGCUCGCCCGCUGCCACGUCACCUUUGAGUUUGACGCCUACCACGGCUCUCGUGACUACAACUCCUCGGCCCUCCUGUCCUUCCGCAACCUGCUGCGCUUCCUUGCAGAGCGGGCGGGCAUCAUGAAGGCUUUGGACCUGAGUGGCACUGGCAUCUCCAGCCAGGCCAUGAAGUCCCUGGUCCAGGUGGAGAACCUGCGCCUGCAGGAAAUGGUGCUCCAGGGGUGCCGCAACCUCUCUGAUGAGGCUGUCAGUGUCUUGUGUCAGCACCAGCCUCAACUGGCCACGCUGGACCUGAGUGGUUGCUUCGAGCUGACCAACCGGGCCAUCCUGGCCCUCUGCUCCCGCCUCCAGGAGCUUCGGUGCCUGAGGCUGGGGAAGCUCCCACGGGUCACAGACGCUGGCUUUCAGGGAGUUUCACACCUGAGGCACCUCCAAAGUCUGGAUGUGUCCGAAUGCAACCUCGUGAGCUCCAGCGAGCUGGUGAAAGCCCUUGGGUCUAUCGAGGGACAGUUUCAACUGGUUUCGCUGAAUGUAGCUUUCUGUUCUUUGCUGAGGGACAGCUCUGUCAUCUCGCUGGCUGGAGCGCUGCGUAGAAGCCUUCGGGUUUUGGAUCUCUCCUCCUGCACGUCCAUCACCAACCGAAGCGUACAAGCCAUCUCCACCCACCUCUUGAACUUGACCAUCUUGCGUUUAGCCUGGUGCAAAGAACUGACGGAUUGGGGCUUGCUGGGGGUCGAGCAGCCCAGAGAGGCGCACGAUCGCUCCAGGGAGAAGGACGCUGGCCUGAAGUUCAGCAGGAAUUUUGGAAACAUGGGAUUCUUCCUGCCGCCUCCACAGGAUUUGGAGCAGGACACCUCCAUCCUCGUUGACCUCACAAAGCGGGAGGACGAGCAGAAGCACCGGGCCUCCUUGAAUGCUCUGAGCCACCUGCAAGAGCUUGACCUGACAGCCUGCGGGAAGCUGACGGACAUGAGCAUAGCCAAGGUCAUCAGAUUCCCAGAGCUCCGCCGUCUGUCCCUCAGCCUGGUGCCCAACAUCACAGACACAAGCCUCACAGCCGUCGCUCGUCACUGCCCCAGCCUGGAGCACCUCUCGCUCAGCCACUGUGUGAACCUGACCGACCGAGGGUUUGUGGAGGCAGCCAGCGCCUUGCACCGGCUUCAACACCUCAUCCUUUCUGGCUGCAACCAGCUCACCCCGCAGACUCUAAAAGCUGUCAGUCAGGAGUGUCGGCAACUGAAGAACUUGGACAUCUCCAUGUGCAGUGGGAUCAGCAUGCCCGACGUCGAACUCUUACAGUCACGCCUCCUACUGCAGACGAAUAUCCACUCCCGGUUUGUAGGCGGAGCAGACCUUUCUGUCACUCUUUGAAAAAGGCUCCAUCAGGUGGACAAAUCCGCUCAGCUCUCGGCUGGGGCGCAGCGCCUUAAAACAGCUCCUGCCUCGUCAUCUCAAUGCCCAACAAUAACGCCGCAAAAGGAAUGGAGGGUAGCCAAAGUUGGCCAAGUUGUUGCUCUUAAGCACAGCUGUGCCGUUGCCUGCUUGGGGGAGGGAGGGGGGUAGUGCCAGACUUCCCACAGCAAGACUUCCACUCUGCACAUGAUAAGAUCAGGUUAGCCUGAGUCAUCUAGCUCAGGCCAGGAGCAUCUUAAAGACUUACUCCGUCACUGGCUUUUUUGAGUCAAACCUCACUUCCCGAGAUGCACAGUGAAGUCAAGCGAUGUGAGACCUGACUCACAAAAGCCAAUGCUGGAAUAAACUUCAUCAGCCUUUAACGUGCUACCAGACACCAGUGUUCUUUUUGCCGCAACAGUCUAAACACGCCUACCCCUCCAGAAUCACCAAAGUGACAUUUUUGACCACCGCAUGUUUUCCACGAUUCAAUAAGAGGGACGGCAUCUUUAAAGCAAGGCAGGCAGCAAAAACCACUUGCCGCAAUAGGUUGCAAGACUCAAGACACAAACACAAGGCAACGCCAAAACUCCAUCAAAAUCAUUUCCCUUUUAAUAGUUUCAGUCCUGGGGCAGUGCCAUAGUGAACACGUUACAGUAGAUGCACCUGAGCAGGGAGAAAACAGAGAGGCCCAGAAGUCCCUUUCCAAGUCUUGCUCAGGAGGGUGAGGGAAAGGGUCUAUUGGUCAAUGUUCCACAAGAACCAUUAAUACAAAAAGAAGUGAAAAAAAUGGAA